GGCUGCGAGGCGGGGCCGCGCUGUAGAUGGCGGACUGUUAGCCAGCGGAGGUUACCUUGUGUACGGAGAGCUGCAGUCAACGCCGUUAGACGGAAUCGCUCGCAGGAACGCCGGGGCCCAGCGGCCGUUGCUGAUCGCCGAGCACGAGCUACGCUCAGCGCGCUAGUUGCCGGAGAGAGCGGGGCCGUGAGUGUGUCCGGCCCGUCCCGUCCCGACCCGCUGCGUGUCCGAACCGAGCCGCCCUCGCUGAGUCUGCGCUCGCACCGUCCGAGCUGCGCCAUAAAUUGGAUGAAGAACGGUCCACAUCUAUUGCUGUGUCCACAAUGGAUUUCAUUUCAAUCCCUCUAACUGCUGGCUGUUGUAAAGACUGUAAAAGACAGACUAUCAAACGCAGUGGAUAGCAAAUACUGCUGCACAAUACCCGUGUGGCGCACAUUAGUCGUCAUUUUAAUUAAUCAAUUUAUUUAUUACAUAUCAAGAUAUUUUGUUACCUCAUUUUGUAUAUUUAAAUCAAUAGUAUUUUUUUUAAAGAAGAUCCAUACCUCUAAAGCAUUACAAACUCGAGCAAUCAUGGCGUUGGAUGAGUAUGUGUGGAUGGUUGUGGUUGGUUUCAUCAUUGCAUUUGUUCUGGCGUUCUCAGUGGGAGCCAAUGAUGUUGCCAAUUCAUUUGGGACAGCAGUUGGUUCAGGAGUGCUGACACUCAGAAAAGCCUGCAUCUUGGCAACAAUCUUUGAGACAUUGGGUUCUGUGUUACUGGGUGCCAAAGUCAGCGAAACCAUCCGUAAAGGAAUAAUUGAUGUGAACAUGUUUAACUCGACUCCACAAGUGCUAAUGGCUGGGUCGAUCAGUGCCAUGUUUGGUUCUGCUGUCUGGCAGUUAUUGGCUUCAUUUUUGAAGCUCCCCAUAUCUGGUACCCACUGCAUUGUGGGUGCAACCAUUGGUUUUUGUUUAGUGGCUCAAGGAGCUCAUGGUGUGAAGUGGCUGCAGUUGCUGAAGAUUGUUGCUUCUUGGUUCAUCUCACCACUGCUGUCUGGAAUCAUGUCUGCUGCUGUCUUUUACUCGGUCCGCUGUUUUAUUUUGCGCAAGGCUGACCCUGUGCCAAAUGGACUCCGAGCUCUACCUGUCUUCUAUGCCUGCACAAUUGCAAUUAAUCUUUUCUCUAUUAUAUACGAUGGAACACCUUUACUGGGAUUUGACCGGAUUCCAUUCUGGGGUACAAUUUUGAUUACAUUGGGAAGUGGUGUGAUCUGUGCACUCAUCGUCUGGUUCAUCGUCUGUCCCCGAAUGAAGAGAAAAAUCGAAAGAGAGAGAAAGGCUAAUGUAGAUAACAAUGUAAUGGAUAAGAAAAGUGAGGAUUACUAUUCGGUAUCCAAGGAUGUCGUGGAAGAGACCCAUUUUAAAGUUCCUUUGGCUGAUUCAUCAUCUGAUGUCAAGACCCCUGUGGCCGAUGCAGUUUCUGCUGUUUUGCCCAUGAAGCAGAGUGGAAGAAUUGCUUUUGUAGGGGAUUCAGCAGAGGAUGUUGGAAAGGAUGGUGUUUCUAGUGGAGAGAUAAAGGAAACUAAUAUUGAUCGUGUGAUGAAUGGUACUAUGCAGUUUGGAAGUAAUCAUGUGCAGUUCAACCAGGUUAUCAAUAACCAAACAAGUAGCCACAGUGGUCACUAUCACACUGUGCACAAGGAUUCAGGAUUGUACAAGGAAUUACUUCACAAGUUGCACUUGGCAAAAAUGAUAGAUUGUGCUGGAGAACCAGGAAGCAGGCCACUACGUCGCAACAACAGCUAUACCUGUUACACCAUGGCAAUCUGUGGCAUGCCUCUCGAUUCCUUCAAACCCAAGGAAGCAGAAGCAAAGGCAGAGGAAAUGGAAAAACUGACAUCUGGCUUGGAAUCGAAGAAACGUGUCCGGCAGGACAGUUACAGUAGUUACUGUAAUGCAAUGGCAGAUUCAAAUAAACCAUCUGAGGAGAGAGGUGUGAAACUUGAAAUUGAACAGACGGACCGCAAGUGCAGUGAUGGGUCUAUGGAUGAAUGGCGUGAGCAGGAGAAGCCUGAAGUUUCAUUAUUGUUCCAAUUCUUGCAGAUCCUAACAGCCUGCUUUGGCUCAUUUGCUCAUGGUGGCAAUGAUGUCAGCAAUGCAAUUGGCCCCUUGGUUGCUUUAUGGGUUGUUUACGAUACAGGAGAUGUUAAUUCAAAGAGUGACACUCCAGUCUGGCUUCUGCUCUAUGGAGGUGUGGGCAUCUGCCUUGGUUUGUGGGUCUGGGGUCGUAGAGUUAUUCAGACCAUGGGCAAGGAUCUGACACCAAUUACUCCCUCAAGUGGUUUCAGCAUUGAAUUGGCCUCUGCUCUUACAGUAGUUAUUGCUUCAAAUAUUGGUCUUCCUGUUAGCACAACACAUUGUAAGGUUGGGUCAGUUGUUGCUGUUGGCUGGAUGCGUGCAAAAAAAGCUGUUGACUGGCGCCUCUUUAGAAACAUCUUCAUGGCGUGGUUUGUUACAGUCCCAAUCGCUGGUCUUAUUAGUGCUGCCAUCAUGGCUCUAUUCAAAUAUGCUAUCUUGAAAAGGGACUGAAUACCACCGAUCUUCAGGAGAGUGUUGCUAUGGUUGUAACCCUGUGCUACUGUAGACCUGUUUAUUCAGAUUGUUUAAUGUGAAACCUGUUCAAUGGCAGUCAAAGCUUUAACUUUUAACAUCAAUGUUUUAAGGGAGUCCAAUCUUGACUAAAUAUGCUGUUUAUUUUCUUUUACUUUUUGACUUUUAAUUUGAAGGCCAUUGUCUUUUUUUGUAGAGUUUAUUACCGCAUGUUUUAAUCAAGGUGUAUUGUUAUUUAAAACUGUGAACUGAGCUUUUGACAUUUAGCACAAAUGUAUGCCUGAAGCACUACAUUAAGAUCGAGCCACAUGGUAAGCAACUUGUAUGUCCAUUUAAAGCCAUGUUGAGGUACCAAAGAGCGGAGCAUUCAGAGUCUUCCAUUUAAAUCUACCAACAAUAGAAAGUCAAAUAUUUGUAAUUGAAUCUGUCAAAUGUUCAUUAAAGAUUAGCACACCUUGA